UUCACAGACAGGCGCACCGCUGCAGCUGCCAGUUAUACUUCUGCUCUCUCAGAUUCAGAAGUGCAAGAGACGGAUAGAAGACACCGGCACUAAUGAGCUGGGGACUAUUGUGAGACUUUAGAGAUUUGUGGUAUUAUUCUAACACUUUUUGCGAGGAAGUCAUCGCGUGUGUUGUGGAUUUUACUAUUUAUGAUCACGAACUAAAGUGUUAUGCGCUGAACACUUAAUUCACGGAGUUUUUUUAACCGGCGGGAUUUCUUCAAAGGCAUCUAUUGGAACACCACGACUCCCUCUGUGGUUCUGAUAUGGGACUUUAGGUUAAACCUCUCGUACCGUCUUUCCUGGAGUGAAUUCGGCUGGUUUAAAAAAUUGCGCUCUUCCAGAAAUGGUGGGGCAUUUACAUUUGCAAGCUAUGGAUGAGAGUUUGAAAGGAAAGAACCGGGAGGGACUGCUGGAUAGUCCGGAUUCAGGACUCCCUCCAAGCCCCAGUCCGCCCUUCUACUCUUUGUCGCCAGGGAUCCUUGAGUCGCGCACCGGCAGCUGUUCAACCCCGACUGAGCUGCAGGGAUACUGCAGAAAGGAGAACCGGGAAGGCAAACUGCUGCCAUACUUGCUCCUGAACUCUCAAGGUCCAGAUGCGAGGUCACGCAUGUACCCUGUGGUCUAUGGAGAGAGCAUUGAGGUCAACCCCAAACCAGAAAAAGAGAUCAAGUUCAACUCUGCAGUGAAGUACGCCUCAGACAGACACUUUCGUGACCAGGUGUACUGCGCCCAGGUCCAGACCGCCACAUCCUUCAGCGAGACAGUGGUGGCCGUCCAGAACUGCACGUGGCGCAGCUACAAAUCAGAGGUUCACUUCGAGCCAAGGCACAGGCCACUACACUUCCAAAGCACCGCCAUCGUUUUCCCCAAGCACGCUCGGAAUACAUACCGCACCACGCUCAACUACAACAGCAACAGAAAUGCAGCCGGGCGACGGUGGUUUGUGUCCACAGUCAGGCUGGAGUCCACCGAGGAUGCCAGUCCAUGCAUCAUUUACACAGAAGACCUCUGAGAGACACACGAGAGGUUUAUUAUCGUUCCCAAAAUUAAAAAAAAAAAAAAAAAACGAUCCCUUUGGUUAGAGAGCUACAGUGAAAGUACGUGGACUCGGUUACUAAAAUCCUGAUUCAAAACGGAUGGCAAGAGACUAAAGAAAGGAAAUGAGAAGUCAGUGAGGGCCAUUUUGUUGUUUUGCUUCUGGUGACAUUGGUACUUGAUAGUGGGGAUGAGGUUGAGUUGUGUGUGUGCAGUCUUUACAUGUGUCGCAUGUCAGUGAUGUAUUUAUGUACAUCAUUAUUAACUGAUCGAUAUCCAAUUGUACCUGUCAGGUGGAGGGAAAAGCAUUUGGGGCAAAACAGUUUCUGUUGUUCGCUGAUUCAUUAGCUCACAUGGAAUCUGUGCCCACAGAAUUCCACUGAAAAAUCAGCAGGUUUACACGGAACACAAAAGAAUGUUAUUUAAAAAUGUUAAAAAUGAAAUCACAAUCUCUUUUAUCUGUCAUUAUCUGUCUGGUACUAGAAUUUCGCUUGGUUACAUUUUAAUGCCUCACUAACAUUUUUAUAUUUUCGGCUAUAGUAAUUUGAUAAGGUUGUAAGCUAUACUCUUAGAAGAAAAGGUUCUAUAUUGAAUCUUAGGGCCGUUUUCAACAAAAAACGGAAAACUUUUUAUGCGUUUUGGCCGUUCAUUUACACGACAACAGCGUUUUGGUGGUCUGAAAACACAAACUUUUGAAAACGGGUUUCAAAGUGCAAGUGUUUUGAAAACGCUCUCUAUGUAAACAACAAAAACGUGAAUCUGUGAAAACCAUGACGUCAUGCACAUGCGCAUUACAUGUUCAGUCUAUAAGUGUUUCAUCGCCAUCUAAUGGCCUGCCAGCCAGUAAGCGCUUGCAAGCGCUUCAUAUAUAGAUUUUAUGGAAGUUUUAAUUAAAAAGCUUGUAAAUAUACUUUAUCGCUAAAAAAAAUUAAACUUGAAAGUAUUAUGCAAUUAUUUAAGACACUUUUCCUUAUAGGCCUAUAGAACCUUUUUGGCAUAAAUCGUUCUUUAAAAUUGAGUCAAGAGCCCAAGGGUCUAUAUAGAACCUUAUUGAACCAAGAAAACUGCAAGACUUUUCUCUAUUUUACCAUUUUAAUUACUUGUUUCACAGACAAGGCUUAAGCUAGUCCUAGACUACAAUGCAUGUUUGAGCUGUUUUAACUGAAAGCAACUUGAACUGAUAUAUCUUACAAUGUGUCAGUGUAAUUGUUUUGUCUCAAGAUGCACACCAGUAAUGUUUUUUUCUAAGACAUGUUUAUAAAUUUACUAACUGAACUGAGGCCUAAUCCUGGCUUAGUCUAAGCCCUGUCUGUGAAACUGGGCCAAAAUGAUGCAGAUAUUCCCCUAAAAAUGUAAAGAACACGCAGAGUUAGUGUUUAUCGUCUUACUCAGUAUUGCUGAUUCUUACAAAUGCUCAAACAGGAAACAGUUCACCACGUGUGUGACUACAAUUAAAGCUAAAUGCAAAGACUAUAAGCACAUUAUAGCCUAUAUGUAUGAGAAAGUCAGCGGAAAGUUAACUAGCAUUCAGCUGUAGACUAUCAGAGAACUGGCAGAGAAGAUAUAAACUGUAUUUAAGUUGCACUUAUGGAAAGUAGUUUUUUCUUUUUCUUUUUUUUGUUGGCUGUAAAUGUGUUGGUAUGACUAAGGGCAAAUCAACGAGUAGGAGCACUUGAAAGGUUGGACCAAAAAUUCUGUAAAAUUCAGUUUUUUUUAUUUGUUCGUACCUCAGAAAACAUGGAAUAAUUUCUUGCACAAAAGUUUAAGAAGCCGGUUGAUGUGCUAAUAAUUCAGUGGCAAUAAAAAGGGCUGCACCCAGAAUGGCAGGAAACAGAAGAGCGUAAAUGGAAUGUUGUAUUUGAAAUAACUGGACUGAGCAUGUGUUAGAUGAGAGAGUACGGCAUGUUUUGAUUUGAAAUGCCAAAUGUUGGAUUUGUGAGACUUUGAAUAGAUAUAAAGUUCACUGACCUCCUGACAUUACCAUGGUCUGAAGACUGUACAGUUUCUGCCUUUCGGAUUGUAUGGUAAGAUAACUUUUGGUUUCAAAGGUAACAAGUAUUUUCUGACAUUGUUGGUGCCAGUUAGUCUCAGCCAAAAUCUAGAUUAUCAAAGUGGGCUCCUGUCACCUCCAUUGAAUGCAUUUCACUUGGAGCAGAGAGAGAACAUUUGGCUGUUGUUCUUUUGGAUGUGAAAUGAAAUAUAAUGCAGCAAUACAAUGAGAGGGAGAUUUUAACUGAGCACCUCGUUCAUACUUUAUGUCUGUCUUAUGUUUGGACUAUCCAGUUUCAAUUCUGUACAAGCUGAAACGGAUGUUGUAAAUUUUAGAUCUUUUGCCUCGUUCAUUUUUUUUUUUUUUUUUUUUAAUCAGAUUUUAUAUAACAGGUAUCCUCUGGUGACUGAAAAUAUUGUAUUUUAAAAAACGAAAAACAAUGACUAAGUAUGUUUUGGUCUGUAAUGACACAUGGGUGUGUUUUGAGAGGAAAUGCUUGGCAGUACAAACCAAAAGAACAAAGUUUAGUUCAACAAAGUGUAAACUAGUGCACAUAUAUUCCAUGACAUUGAGUUUGAAGAUACAAAUCAAACCAACAACAACAAAAAAAAACUCAUCAGGGGUUGAUAAGAGAUGAAAUUACAGGAAGGCAGACAUGUCUGAUAAAUCACUUCCUGUGUGUUGGAGUGGUUCACACAAGACGGAUAUUUGAUAAGUUGAUAAUAGAGGAAUUUUAACAAUGUGUUGAAAGCAGAUUCGAGGGAGACGUUUUAUAUUUUCACAUGUAUGAAAUUUUUUAAGAUUACAUUUGUUUCAAAUGAUCUCCGCUAAAGGAUGGAUUUUCUUUUGAUUUCCUAACACGAUGAUUUGUGUUUCUGUAAAAUACUUUCCUGUUGUAUAUGUGGCAUACGGCACUCGAUAAUUCUCUUUAUAUUUUUGUAUAAAUUCCCAAGUUAAUGGUCUUCUUUUGGACAAACAGAUGAGAAAAUAAUUUAAGAAAAAAAAAAAUGUAUAUCCAAACUGAAUAAAUAAAAGACCCAAACCCUA